GAGGCGAGCCGACUGCUGGGGCUGCUCGGCUCCUGCGCGCCCUCGCGCUCCCCGCCGCCCGCCCAGGCGCAGGCAGAGCGCAGGCGGCGGCGGGCGGCAUGGAGAGCCUGCUGGAGAACCCGGUGCGUGCCGUGCUCUACCUCAAGGAGCUCACCGCCAUCGUGCAAAACCAGCAGAGCCUCAUCCACACCCAGCGCCAGCGCAUCGACGAGCUGGAGCGGCGGCUGGACGAGCUAAGCGCCGAGAACCGCAGCCUGUGGGAGCAUCAGCAGCUGCUGCAAGCCCAGCCUCCGCCCGGGCUCGUUCCCCCGUCGUCAGCCCCGCUGCCCGCUUCCCAGGCCACCGCUCCCACCGCUGCCGGCGGGGCCCAGGAAUCUCUCCAGGACCACGGACAGCUCUCCCCCGCCGCGCCACAGCCAGCACCCGAGCAGCCGCCGCUUCAGCACCACGGACAGCUCCUGGCGCAGCCCCAGCCGGGCCCCAGCGGUAGGGCUCAUGCACCCCAGUCGCCCCACCAGCACCCAGUGACACUCGGGGCCGUCGCCGACAAGGAGAAAGAGCGUUCCCCGAGUUGCUGCGCUGCCGGAGCCCUCCUUCAGCACAAAUCCCCCGCCGCCCUCAGCAAGGGCGUCCUGAGCAGGAGACCUGAGAAUGAGACCGUGCUGCACCAGUUCUGCUGCCCAGCCGCUGACGCCGAGCAGAAGCCAGCCUGCUCCGACCUGGCCUCCCCAAGUGAUGGCUCCUGCGCCCAGGCCGGUGGGGGCAUGGAGGACUCCAUGGUGGCAGCGGCGUUGGUGGCAGCCGGCAGACCCAGUGCCCAUGCCCUGAAGGCUCAAGAUCUGGAGCUGCGGGAGGAGGAGGAGCAGCCGAGGGCGGGGGGUGCCCCCUCGAGGGCUGGCCCCCACAGCGCGGCCUCCCCUGGCCGGCAGCAGCCUGCCCUGGCUACAGCGCUCUGCUCCCACACCCCUGCUGCCUCUGAUUACGAACUCUCCCUUGACCUAAAGAAUAAACAGAUUGAAAUGCUAGAACACAAGUAUGGGGGUCACUUGGUGUCCCGGCGCGCCGCUUGCACCAUCCAAACCGCUUUCCGCCAGUACCAGCUCAGCAAGAACUUCGAGAAGAUUCGCAACUCGCUCCUGGAGAGCCGCCUGCCUCGACGCAUCUCCCUGCGCAAGGCGCGGGCGCCCACGGCUGAGAGCCUGGCGGCCGAGAAGGCGCUCCUGGAGGGCUGCGGGCUCGCGGGGCUGCCGCUGGUGCGCUCGCCCUCCCUGCCGCCCAGCCUCUCGGGCACGCUCACCGAGCUGGAGGACUCCUUCACCGAGCAGGUGCAGUCCCUGGCCAAGUCCAUCGACGACGCCCUCAGCACCUGGAGCCUCAAGACCGUGUGCUCCCUGCAGGAGAGCAGCGCCUACCAGCUGCACCAGGCCCUGCAGGCGGCCACGGCGUCACCAGGCCUGGAGGCCGAGGUGCGGGAGACCGAGAUCGCCGCCCCGGGGCCCGCGGAUGAAGCCGCUGAGGCCGCCAGCCUGCCCCAGGGCCACGGCGGCACCCUCAUGAUGGCCUUCCGGGACGUGACGGUGCAGAUCGCCAACCAGAACAUAUCCGUCUCCUCCUCCACGGCUCUGUCGGUGGCCAACUGCCGGGGCGCGCAGACAGCCCAAGCCCUAGCAGAGCCCGCGGCGGGCAGGGAGGAGCAGGCCGAGGCACCAGGGCGGGAGGCUUCCCAGGCCCCAGCCUCCGGCCAGGGGGACGUGCCGGUCCAGGACACAGGCGCAGAGGUGGAGGCGGGCGAGGCCCUGCCCGCCGACCUGGUGGGAGCUGCUGAGGCAGCUGUGGAAAAGGAGGCCUCCGUCGCCAAGGCAGAGGAGGAGGGGACAGGGGAGGCUGGGCAGGGGGCUGAGGCCGAGGCCGAGGCGGGCAACAGCUCAGAGCACCUGAGCAGCAGCACUUCCACCAAGUCCGCCAAGUCGGGCUCGGAAGUGUCGGCCGCCGCCUCCAAGGAGGCCUUGCAGGCCAUGAUCCUGAGUCUGCCGCGCUACCACUGCGAGAACCCGGCCAGCUGCAAGUCUCCCACGCUCUCCACAGACACCCUGCGCAAGCGGCUCUACCGCAUUGGCCUCAACCUCUUCAACAUAAACCCAGACAAGGGCAUCCAGUUCCUGAUCUCACGUGGCUUCAUCCCUGACACCCCCAUUGGCGUGGCCCAUUUCCUCCUCCAGCGGAAGGGCCUGAGCCGCCAGAUGAUUGGAGAGUUCCUGGGCAACAGCAAGAAGCAGUUCAACCGCGAUGUGCUGGACUGCGUGGUGGACGAAAUGGACUUCUCCAGCAUGGAGCUGGACGAGGCUCUGCGAAAGUUCCAGGCACACAUUCGUGUGCAGGGGGAGGCCCAGAAGGUGGAGCGGCUCAUCGAGGCCUUCAGCCAGCGCUACUGCAUGUGCAACCCCGAGGUGGUGCAGCAGUUCCACAACCCUGACACCAUCUUCAUCCUCGCCUUCGCCAUCAUCCUCCUCAACACUGACAUGUAUAGCCCCAACAUCAAGCCUGACCGGAAGAUGAUGCUGGAGGACUUCAUCCGAAACCUGCGAGGUGUGGAUGAUGGCGCUGACAUCCCCAGGGAACUGGUGGUAGGCAUCUACGAAAGGAUACAGCAGAAGGAGCUCAAGUCUAAUGAGGACCACGUCACGUACGUCACCAAAGUGGAAAAGUCCAUCGUGGGCAUGAAGACAGUGCUGUCGGUGCCCCACCGCCGCCUGGUCUGCUGCAGCCGGCUCUUUGAGGUGACGGACCUGAGCAAGCCGCAGAAGCAGGCCGCGCACCAGCGGGAGGUGUUCCUCUUCAACGACCUGCUGGUGAUUCUCAAACUCUGCCCAAAGAAGAAGAGCUCCUCUACCUACACCUUCUGCAAGUCCGUCGGCCUUCUGGGCAUGCAGUUCCACCUCUUUGAAAAUGAGUAUUAUUCUCACGGCAUCACACUGGUGACCCCGCUCUCGGGCUCUGAGAAGAAGCAGGUGCUGCAUUUCUGCGCCCUGGGCUCUGAUGAGAUGCAGAAGUUUGUGGAGGACCUGAAGGAGUCCAUUGCCGAGGUGACGGAGCUGGAGCAGAUCCGGAUAGAGUGGGAGCUGGAGAAACAGCAGGGAACAAAGACACUUUCUUUCAAGCCCGAAGGAGCCCAGGUGGACCCACAGUCAAAGCAAGGAUCGCCUACAGCCAAGAGGGAAGCUGCGCUCGGGGAGAAGCCCGCGGAGAGCGUGGUGGAGGUGUCAAUUCACAACAGGCUUCAAACGUCCCAGCACAACCCCGGGCUGGGGGCCGAGAGGGGAGUGCCAGCGCCGUUGCCAGACCUGCAGCCUAGCCCCUUGAGAGAGCAGCCCCCACCGUUGCCGCCACCGCCACCCACACCCCCGGGCACCCUGGUGCAGUGCCAGCAAAUUGUCAAGGUCAUUGUCCUGGACAAGCCCUGCCUGGCCCGCAUGGAACCCCUGCUGAGCCAGGCUCUCUCCUGCUAUGCCUCAUCCUCCUCUGACUCCUGUGGCUCCACACCCCAGGGUGGCCCAGGCUCCCCAGUCAAGGUUGUCCACCAGCCUCCGCUGCCCCCACCCCCGCCCCCCUACAAUCACCCUCACCAGUUCUGCCCCCCAGGCUCCCUGCUGCACCGGCGCCGCUAUUCCAGCGGCUCCAGGAGCCUGGUAUAGACUGCCCCCACCAUGCUGUCAGGGCACCCGGCUGCCCCCCGCUGCUCCCAUACCCUGGCCCGAUGCCUUCCUGUUCACCGAUUGCCACCAUUUUGGAAAGAGAAUCCCACUCCCUGGCACUUGGGUUUGCCUUGUCCCACUGUACCCCCUAACUCAGUUGAGCAUCCCCUGCCUGAUCUGGAGACACCACCUCACUCUCUUGGGACCCUGCACAGCCAGCCCAGGUGAGGCCUCCUCUUCCCCUGGCCACCACUCUCCCCACUGGCCAUGGACUGAAAAGAGGCAGUGCUGAACUUGCUGCUUUAUGCCCGUUAGGUCCUAGAGGCCUCAAGCCAGGGCAGGAGCAAGAGGUGGCAGCCCACAGGCCCGGCAGUGCAUCUGCAGCUCUGAGAGGAUGAAUGGGUGGCACUGGCUCGCUGGGGGCCCAUGGUGGAGGGUAAGGGGAGGGGGCUUUCUCUCCUGCCCAACAGUGUCAGGAGGCUGCUCUCUAGUCCCCAGGACGUGAGCUGUCCUGACCACUGAGCGCGUCCUUCCCUCUCCUCCCAAGGCCUUCUGCUUUCUCAGGAGCUGCUCAGACUCCAGGAAGGCUUCGAGAAAGGGAAAGGGAGGAGGCAAGGGAGCAUGCUCAGCUCUCUCUGGGACAAGUCAAUGGGGCUGAGGUAUAAUGAGGUCUUACAUCUACAAAUUGUCCCUUUUAAAGAUUUUCUUAGUUCCCCAUCCCCAAAUCACACCCAGCCAAUGCCAAGGACACUGAGAGUGUGCACAUAAAUGCACAGAACCAGGUUAAUUUCUUCAUUAUGGAAGCAGAGACAGGAGAUGGGGCAGUGAUUUGCCCACUAGAGACGGGUCUCUGGAGUCAGGGUUCCCCCUUGCAAGACAUCUGUGACCAGCAGGAGAGACUUAGAUACAGAGUGGAGUGAGAAAAACCCGGGCUCCAGAAGCUCUUGCGUUUCCCCUGCACUCCUGAGCCUUUAAAUGUUUUCCCCUCCUGGGAGGUGCCAGACUUUCUUUAGCAGCGUUGACUAAAAGAGUCCCUGGCCCCUCAAAAUUGCAAAGAUGGGGCUUGCUGACCUCCUAGGACCAAGCAGGCCAUGAUGGCCAGACUUAUAUGGCCCCACAGACCCCAGGCCUGGCGAAGGGCCCUUCCGCAGCCCAGAAGAGAGUCAACUGCCCUCGGGACCACAGGCACAGUACUAUGGACUGCCUAGUCAGGCCCUUUCUGUCCUAGCCAGGCCAGAUUCCAGUCCUGUGCCAAAAGCUCACUGCUGUCCUCUGUGCUGACCCCCUCCCACUGGAGUCUAUUGUUAGACCCUCCCGAGGGACAGGGAAUACUGAUACUGGCCUACGGUGGACGUGGGUCUCCGCACGCCCAGCCUCCAGGAGCCUGGGCCAGGCAGGAGGUAUGGAUUGUUCCUACUUCCGGAGGCUGCAGAUGCCCCAGUUUCCUCUGUGUGUGUGUGUGUGUGUGUGUGUGGUCACCCAGACGUCACUGUGAUGGCACACAGCAGGUCUAUUUCUGGCCAUCUUUGUUAGCCAGUUUCCGUCUCCCCUCAGGGCUCCCCACCCUCUGCUCUGCCUGUCCUUGUUGCCCUGGUCUCCUCUGUCUUCUCUGUAUCAAGGAUGUGCCAGUCAGAGCCUUUCGGAAUGGAGUGGCCAACAGACAGAGUGCACAGAUUCAGACACCUCUGGUGCCCUCCGCCAGGGCAAGGGUGGGCCUGAGAGUGAAGCCCUGAGCAGGGGGCACCAGGGACUUGGGAGGACGUGGAGCUGUGGGGAUGGGAGGGGUGAAUCUUGAAUGAGGGUGUCUGGAAACAGAAGAUGAUGAAUAGGGGACAGGAGUAUGAAGAGGUGGGAAGAACAUGAGCUAUGAAUGUGGCUAAAUAUAUUUAUGGGGUGGGGGCAAGGGGACCCUGAGGCUGUGAGGGAGGGGCAUGGUCCCAGACAACUCUGUCCCACCAGGCAGGACCCUUGUCAUCUGCUCACAACCCUGGGCUUGCCCUCCCACCCCUGCCAAAGCCACAGCUUUCCAGAUGGGGACCAACAGAGGUCUUAAGGCUGUCAGCUGGGUUCUCAGGCCUCUCAGUGUCCCUUCCCUAUGGCAGAGGCUCACCCCUCACCCCUGGUUGGGGUGGCGGCACAGGAAGUCCUGUGCAAGAAGCAGACCAGCCUGGGUGAUCUGGAAGGGGCUUUAACCCCCUGACAGUGGGGCCAGCUAUAUCCUUGGCAACCAGCCUUGGCAACCCUCUCCCACAAUCAGCCCACAGGCUAAGGCCAGAGUCUGGCCCUCAAGACACCUGGAGAGAGCCUUCUGCUCCCUCCCAGAGGGCUACAGGGGAUGCUGUGGGCCCUCCUGCUCUCCCAAGGCCAAGAGGGUAGUGGAUCCAGUGCUGACUGAGACACCCCCCACACACACACUCAGCCACCCCAAGAUGGCCAAUGCCAUCAACUCUCCAGGCCUGCCUCUGGGGACCUGAGCCCUUCUCUCAAUUUUAUCCAUUUGACCCCAACUCCAGAAUCAGGAGUGAGAGAUGAAGCUAGCUUCCCAAGCUUGAAGCAGGGCCCUGCCCGGCAGCCUGUCCUGGAAGCCCACCUGCCUGUCUGUCUCCAGAGGCACCUUGAUCCCACAUGUGUUUGUUGGCCCUGGGCCCCCGCCUCUACCCAGCUGUUCUCCCAUGGCCUGCCAGAUGUCUCUGUGCCACCAGGCUUCCCUGGAGCUGUCCAUCCAUCCGUCCCUAUGUGCUGCUGUUCAUCCCUUCCUGCCACACCCUCUCCCCACACACCCCUCAACCCCCUUGGAGAGAAACGUCUCCAGGGAAAGGCAGGGUGGCUGCACCCAGCAACUAAUCCAAAUGGCAAAUAUUUUGUAACAAAAUAGCCCAGAGGUAUUUUAUCUGUUCAAUUCAUAGAGUUUUAGAGAUUAUAUUGAAAUAUGUCACUUGA